AGCAGCAGCAGUCGCUGAUGAUGCAGCGGAUGUCACAGACGCCCAUACUCAACGCAGGUCAUCAGCCGAGCAGCAGCACCAGUGGCAACGGGUUUGUCGACCCGGCAUCAUGAACUUUGGGCGCAUGAACGCGCUUAACAACCCUCCCUCGAUGAGCAGCGCUAUGCCAGGGUCGCCCGUGGGUCCUCCUCCGGGCAUUGCUUCGCCGCCGUCUGGCGAGCUUUCUGUUGCAGCACAGCAGCAGAUGCACUCGAUGAUGCUUUCGCGCAGCGCAAAUAGCAGCGGGCGCUCGCGGUUCCUCAACCACUUUUCGGCCGAGACUGCCGGGGCCAAGGGUGCCACGGCCAACGCCGAGCAGGAGGCCGAUGGCGGUAGCCAGCUCGCGCAAGAUGCAGAUCGGAAGAGCCAGUGGCUAGCAAUGGGCCUGGUAUGGCAAACGGCGUGCCACCCGGCCUGCCCACGACCGGUCUGUUCGGCGAGCUGCUUCGGCGGUCCAAGCAUGAUCUUGUUACAGGUGUUGGCACCACUGAAGCCCGAUUCCAUACCCGGUGAGCGAGGCGACAGGAGCAGCAAAUUUGUCAGUGGGCGGAUGAUGCUCAGCGACAUUGAGCACAGGCUGGAUGUGGCCAGACGCGAGGCUCGCGAGCUGCAAGCUCAGCUGAGCACAGUCAUUGGGCAGAACCAGUCGGUGAUGUGGGCGCUAGCCAACAAUGGCAAUGCGGGGAGCAAUACAUCUGCGGGAGAUGCAGCCCCAUCCCACCAUGCCCCUCACCCCUCGCAUGGUGUCAGUUAUACUGCAGGCAACAUGUAGUCCUCCAUCAGAGUGCGGGGGGUGAGUGUGGUAGUGGUUUUAGUGUGGGAUUGGGAUUAUGUCUUGCAAUGUUUUUGUUUUUCAUUGCUGUGUGGGCCAAAUAAAUAUUUUUAGGAAUUUUAAUUUUUCUUCCCAUGUCUUUCUGCGACAAUGCAGUGGUUGCUACGCUGGUCAAAAGCACACAAACAAUGAAA